AUGGCUUUCGUUCGCCAUGUCCUCCGAUUUCGGGAUACCGAUUCCCUUGGCGAGUCAGUCUCAUCCCCUCCCAAUUUGUUUCUUUCUCCUCGAGCCAUAACUCCAUCAGCAUGCUAUGACGAUUGCAACAACUCGGAAGCCACUAAGGACACGAUCAAUGACUAUAUUGAUCCAGAGUUUCGGCAAUUUCAAGCCUAUUGCGACGGCGUAGAUUCUUCUACACCAGCGACAACAACAAUCAACUCAGAUAUCCCUUGCGCAGUCUGCACGCCCCUUAUUUAUACCGAUCCUACUGGCAAAGUCCACACUGUAAUGGUUAAGCCUGGUCUCGAAGAUCUAUCUAAAACUCCGUUAUCAGCCCCUUCGCAAACAAGCUCGGCAGACGAACCCAAACCCUCGGGUUCCAAUUCCAACAAAGUCGUUGCAGUGGUUGUCGUAAUUAUAGUCCUCCUCGCUGCCUUGUUUUUCUGGCGUCGGCGACGGCCGAAGAAGAACAUCGGCCCUCCAGAGGAUCCACCCCAAGAAGAGCCGAAAUACGAAAAGGCUCAACUCCACUCCGACUGUAUUCCUCGGGGCCCACAAUACGAGUUGGAAGGCUCAGUCCCGCCGGUACCUAGUGUAAGUCCAGCUAUUGGGGAAAUGACGGCGAACGAAGUAGCUGCCCAAGAGAUGCCAACAUCACAAAAGUCCUUGGCUGAGAAUGAUGAGACGGAAGACAAUACACCCAGGCAGUGUAUUAACGAGUCAUAA